AUGCGCACACAGUCCCUCGCCAUGAUGGCUCUGGCCAACGGCGCCCUCGCCGCGAUCCCUACCGUCAACAUCCCGCUGCACUACUACUAUGGCGGCGGCCACAAGAUCGCGACCAACCUGGUCAACCCCAACUCCAACAAGUCCGUCGAGGUCGUCUUCGACCAGGGCUCCGAGAACUUCUGGGUCUUCGGCCCCAACGCCAUCAACAACUGGGGAUGCACCGGCUUCUUCUGCCAGGGCCAGUGCAACGCCACGGCCGAGCCCUUCUACGACUACCCCAACAGCCCGACGGCCAAGAAGCCCGAGUCGUUCCCCUCGCAGUUCGCCUACGGCGCCUACACCAAGAUCGUCCAGGGCCACGAGACCGUCAACGACACCUUCUUGUUCGCCUCCGACUCCGGCCUGACCUCGACCGUAGCCGCUCGCGUCGCCAUCGCCGAUUACAUGCAGCAGCGCCUGCCCGACGGCGGAACCUGCACCCCGGCGGCGUACGAUCUCGGCAUUCUCGGCGUUGCUCCGUUCUACCGCACCGAGGAGUGGAACACCACCGGGCCGCACGUCCGUCAGGAUCUUCUCGAGCGCGGCGAGAUCAGCGCCCCAGUCCAGAGCAUCUGGUUUGACGAGGCUCCGGCCAACUGGGACGGCACUUUUACCGGUAACGCCGUCUUCGGUGCCAUCGACCACUCCAAGUACACGGGCGACCUCGUCAAGGUUCCCCCCAUCAAGAACGACCGCCUCGGUGCCUCCGUCGGUUACUUCGUUGCUCCUCCCACCGUCAAGGUCAAGAACGUCACCCUCGACAACAAGGACCUGAGCUCCCACGCGUGUAUGAUCGACUCGGGCACGCAGAUUGAUGACCUUCCCAUCAGCUCCGACGCUAUUGAUGCCUUCUACGGCGCCGCCGGUCUCGCCCGCGAUUCCAUCGGCCACACCGCCUGGAACGGUACCUGCGACUCGAUUCCCAAGGACCUGACAAUCGACCUCGAGUUCGCUGGUGUUGGUGACGAGAAGGUCACAAUCAAGAUCCCCCUGCGCAACUACGUCCGUAACAACGCGGACGCGGAAGCCCAGUUCUGCGCGCUCAACAUCGACACUGGCGGCUGCAUGCUUGGUGCGCCCUUUGCCACUGCUACCUUCUUCGCGGCGGAUGAUGCUGCGAACGAGAUCGCCCUGGCCCAGGGCGGUGUUUCCAAGAGGGGAAGCAAGCCUGAUGAGGCCUCGCUGUCUCUCACCAUCGCAUGA